CAAAAAGUAGGCCCGCAUAGUCAAAAUGACGAACCAUUCGCCGAUACGCACGCCAUCAUAAGAUAUGGUACCUGGGCGAGGAGUUGAGCUUCGGCCUGAUAUCUCUUGCCAUCUUCUAUACGUCGUGGAUAUGCCUUGUUGGGCUGUGUUACCCGUGUCUUACCAUGUCACAAAACGAGGAGCAUGACGAGGUGGUGGACCUGUCCGAGAUCCGGUGGAAGAUGCUGGUUGCCUGCGAUAUCUGCAGGCGACGAAAGGUGCGGUGCGACGGUGAGAGACCGUGUUUGAGAUGCAGCAAAGGUGGAAAGAAAUGUAGCUUCUCGACGCGAAGACGAGUCGUGAUAAACCCCGAGGACAUACGGGCCGUGAAGCGGCCUCGAACAACCCCUUUGUCCCCGGAUCACUUGUCCUCGAAGCGGUCGAUCUCAAACGUCUCGUCGCCGAGACCUGUAUCCUCGUCUGAGCCUUCAAGGGUUCCAACGGGGAAGGACAGAUUAAAGCCAGAUCGGCGAGAGGCCGCUCCCUCCACGCCAGGCAAAGAGCAUCUUCUGCUCAUCGACUCGGAUGACCAGAUCGUCUAUUCUGGACCAUCGACGGGAAUGUCCUUGUUCGCUCGCCUCGGCUUGCUUCACACUGUCGAAGUAUCUGAGAGCGACAGGACUGUGACGUCUUUUGCGUCUCACUCUGUAGGCGCCUUGGGCAUAACGGGAGCCACCACCUCUUCCAGCGACUACUUAGAUCUUUGCCUGCAACAUUGCCCGCAGGAACUCAUGUUCAAGUUGAUAAACUAUCAUCUGGGCACUCCGAUCUUCUUUCCACUACUUCACGCUCCUUCGUUCUUAUCUGAAUUUGUCGCCGUAACCCAACGCCGCCUUCCAUGUACUGCUCAAUAUGGUGCACUCCUGAUGAGCAUCUUUGCUGUGACGGCGCGUCUGGUCGAAGGUGCCAGAGCCCUCCUUCCAGCGUCGGAGCGCGACCAAGCUGGCGAGAGGUAUUUUGAGCUUGCUCAAGACCUUAUCAGAACCAGCAGAAAUAAGCUCGACAUCCGGCACAUUCUCGCUCUUUACCACCUUGCAUUGUAUGCCGAAGGUUGCACCAGUUCUGCGAGCUCCGUCUCUAGCUUCGUUGCAGAAGCAGUUGGUCUGGCCUUUACCACGGGGCUUCACCGUAGUACGAAUGAGUUCAAGAUGGACCCGGUGACGCUACAGGUCCGUACCCGCCUAUUUUGGGCCUUAUAUACGCUAGAUACCUCCCUAACCUAUUCUCAAGGGCGGCCACCACUCAUCAGGUUGUCAGAGUGCAGCGUCGACCUUCCUGUCAUUGUCGACAACGAAUACAUAAAAAAAACGGAGAUUCUUCCCCAGCCCGAGGGAAAUCCGCCACUGGCGAUGGCCGCAGCUGUCAAGAUGAUCGAGAUAUACAUCGCCCUCGAACAGGUGCUGUCUGCAAUCAACACCCCAUCAAGAACACCUGCCGCGGCCUUUUCUCUGAACGACCCUCCGCUUGACCGCAGCGACCUCCUAAAACGGGCGCAGAAACGACUGGACGAGAUUGAACGAGAUCUCCCGCCAUAUUUAUCGCAAGUCCUUGUGACAGCCGAUCCGGCCUCAAGCUUCUUCUACUCUUGCCGCGUCCGGACGGUCCUCCAAUUUGUUCGGACUCUUAUUGCCCGUCAAGCCCUCAUUGACGAACUAGAGACGAGUCCGAUGUCCUCCAAGAAAGAGACUAGCUUCGCCACAUCGGAAGCCUGCGGCCUCUCGGUAGACACCGUGAAGACGUAUUCACGCUUACGGCACUUGGGCCUUCUUCGCUUUUGCGGGUUCCACGCGAUAUCCCACGUCAUUGCCGCUGCGCAUACGCUGAUCGCGUGUAUGUUGAGGAGCUUCGAUCUCGCCUUUGAGCAUCGACCUGACCUGCUGACCGCCAUUGACAUCCUGCUCGUCUUCUCAUCUACAUUUCCGAACGUCGAGACGGUCGUCCAGCUCCUUUUUCAGUUGUCUCACAGUUUGGAUCACAACUAUGGUUCGAAUAGCAAGAGCGAGGCCAUUGCCGUCCGAGUCCUCGCUUCGAAAAUGGCGCGGCCCGCUUCGAGAGUCGAGCAGCCUCUCUUGAAGCCAGCAUUUUCCUGGCAGUCCUGGAAUGGUAAUUCUACUCAAUGGGUUGAUCCUGAACACCCGUCCAAGCACAUUGUCGGGACUGGGACGUCUCACGCCUCCUCUAGCUACACUCAACUAUCUGUCUCGGACACUGACUUUUCGCCUACUCCUCGGGAGGACACAUCGGCCUUCAGCACGACUAAUGACGCUUCUGCUUGGCUUUCUCUAAUAGCUACGGGGCCAGUCGAACCCGAAUGGACAUAUAAUGAUUCAGAUCAUGCGGUGUGGGGGGACAGCUUUUCAUUUCUAAACGACGGAUUGAUUAGCAAAUGGUAGGAGCU